GAAAGCUUUUGGUGACAACUAGAGUGUCCAGCGUUUGAUACACGGGAUACAUGGGAAAUAAUCACACACACAAAAACUCGCAUUCCAGGCCAAAAAAAACGAAGAUAUUUCCCGGUAAAUCCGUUCUCGGAUUCCCAUCGCUUGCACAAUGAGUGCUGGCACCCCAAAAUCUCUGGCAUCUUCGGGGCAAAAGCCCAUUCAGGAGAUCUGUCACCCGCUUGGAUCCGAGGAGACAGCGUCGGUCCUCACACCCAGUCCAGAUGUCGGAAACACCAUUACCAGCAUCGGAGGGAAGGACCUGAGUCUGCCCAAUGGGACGCCGGUGGAGACAUCUAGUCCCGCCUCCUCAUCUUCCCUCCUGAACCGGCUGCAGCUGGAUGACGACCUGGAUGGAGAAACACGUGACCUCUUUGUUACCGUCGAAGACCCGAAGAAACACGUCUCCACUAUGGAGACCUACAUCACCUACAUGGUCGCCACUAAGACAACGCGGGUGGAGUUUGACCUACCAGAGUACUCUGUCAGGAGGCGCUACCAGGACUUUGACUGGCUCAGGACCAAGCUGGAGGACACUCAGCCCACACAUCUCAUACCACCCCUCCCUGAGAAGUUUGUGAUGAAGGGGGUGGUGGACCGGUUCUCUGAGGAGUUUGUUGAGACGAGAAGGAAGGCUCUGGAUAAGUUCCUGAAGAGAGUGGCUGACCAUCCUGUCCUGUCGUUCAACGAACACUUCAAUGCCUUCCUCUCUGCUAAGGACCUGAAUAAGAGACAAGGUCUAGCCCUGCUCUCUAAGAUGGGGGAGUCGGUGAAGUACGUGACCGGAGGGUACAAGCUGAGGGGUCGACCCGUGGAGUUUUCUGCUAUGGGAGACUACCUGGAUAUGUUCACACAGAAGCUGGGUACUAUCGACAGGAUAGCACAGAGAAUCAUCAAAGAACAGUCUGAGUACCAGGUAGAGCUGCGUGAGUACGGUCCUGUCUACACUACCUGGGCGUCGUCGGAGGCGGAGCUACAGGGGCCUCUGGAGGGCGUGGCCAGCUGCAUGGCUAACUGCUCCAGCGCCCUGGACGAACUCACCCAGGACAUGAGCGAAGACUUCCUGCCCGUGCUCCGAGAAUACGUCCUCUAUAUCGAGUCCAUGAAGAUUGUACUGAAGAAGAGGGAUAACAUCCAGGCUGAAUACGAGGCUAAACUGGAAGCUGCUGCCUUCCGGAAAGAGGAUAGAGCAUCAUGCACACAGGUGCCUACAGACGUGGAGAAGUGCCAUGACAGAGUGGAGUGUUGCAAUGCUGACCUGAAGUCAGACUGGGACCGCUGGCAGAACAACAAGAGACAAGACUUCAGACAGUUACUCACUGGCAUGGCAGACCACAACAUCCAGUACUAUGAGAAGUGUCUUGCAGCUUGGGAGUCUGUCAUUCCAGUAUUACGGGACAAGCAGCCACAGGAGACAGAAACAGAGGAAGACUGAGAGCCUGCCACUCUUCCUCUGGACAUUGCAUCUCAAACACUUCUCUACCUGAGUUAUCGGUGUCAACAGACACACUCUCUCAAAGGGAAAUUGCCAAGGAAAUGAGCCUUUGGGUCUACAGACAGAAAUCUCUUCAGUUUUUAUGUUUUUUUUUCUAUUUGUGAAACCCAGUCCGUCUGACGUCCCAGACACUUCCUCCUGUUCCCAGUGGAUGGAUGAUAUCAUGCCUGUCUGGAAGGCCCAUUUUGUUCCUUGUUGCACACCAAACUAGCCUUGGUCGUAUUCACCAGAAACCAAACGGGAGGGGGGCAGAAAGAAACCAGGAGGGACUACUUGAACUUGUCCAAUGUGCACUAAUGAAUGUGACUCUGACACCACAGAAUUCCUGUUGUAAUUUUCUAGUCUGUUGAGAAAUGUUUGUUGCCAAUUAUGCUUUUUUAAUAUAAACGAUGCUGAUCUUUGAUGGUCUCUGAUUGUCUCUGAUGGUCUCUAAUGGUCUCUGAUGGUCUCUAAUUGUCUCUGAUGGUCUCUGAUGGUCUCUAAUUGUCUCUGAUGGUCUCGAAUUGUCUCUGAUGGUCUCUAAUUGUCUCUGAUGGUCUCUGAUGGUCUCUAAUUGUCUCUGAUGGUCUCUAAUGGUCUCUGAUGGUCUCUAAUGGUCUCUAAUUGUCUCUGAUGGUCUCUAAUUGUCUCUGAUGGUCUCUAAUUGUCUCUGAUGGUCUCUGAUGGUCUCUGAUGGUCUCUAAUUGUCUCUGAUGGUCUCUGAUGGUCUCUGAUGGUCUCUGAUGGUCUCUAAUUGUCUCUGAUGGUCUCUAAUUGUCUCUGAUGGUCUCUAAUUGUCUCUGAUGGUCUCUGAUUGUCUCUGAUGGUCUCUGAUGGUCUCUAAUUGUCUCUGAUGGCCUCUAAUUGUCUCUGAUGGUCUCUAAUGAUCUCUAAUUGUCUCUGAUGGUCUCUAAUUGUCUCUGAUGGUCUCUAAUUGUCUCUGAUGGUCUCUGAUGGUCUCUGAUGGUCUCUAAUUGUCUCUGAUGGUCUCUGAUGGUCUCUGAUGGUCUCUAAUUGUCUCUGAUGGUCUCUAAUUGUCUCUGAUGGUCUCUAAUUGUCUCUGAUGGUCUCUGAUGGUCUCUGAUGGUCUCUAAUGGUCUCUAAUGGUCUCUGAUGGUCUCUAAUUGUCUCUGAUGGUCUCUGAUGGUCUCUAAUUGUCUCUGAUGGUCUCUAAUUGUCUCUGAUGGUCUCUAAUUGUCUCUGAUGGUCUCUGAUGGUCUCUAAUGGUCUCUAAUGGUCUCUGAUGGUCUCUAAUUGUCUCUGAUGGUCUAUAAUUGUCUCUGAUGGUCUCUAAUUGUCUCUAAUUGUCUCUGAUGGUCUCUAAUUGUCUCGGAUGGUCUCUAAUGGUCUCUGAUGGUCUCUGAUGGUCUCUAAUGGUCUCUGAUGGUCUCUGGUGGUCUCUGAUGGUCUCUGAUGGUCUCUGAUGGUCUCUGGUGGUCUCUGGUGGUCUCUGGUGGUCUCUGAUGUAGCCUAACGUCUCUGAUGGUCUCUAAUGGUCUCUGAUGGUCUCUAAUGGUCUCUGAUGGUCUCUAAUGGUCUCUGGUGGUCUCUGAUGGUCUCUGGUGGUCUCUGGUGGUCUCUGAUGGUCUCUGGUGGUCUCUGGUGGUCUCUGAUGGUCUCUAAUGGUCUCUGAUGGUCUCUGGUGGUCUCUGAUGGUCUCUGGUGGUCUCUGAUGGUCUCUGAUGGUCUCUGGUGGUCUCUGGUGGUCUCUGAUGGUCUCUGAUGUAGCCUAACGUCUCUAAUUGUCUCUGCUGGUCUCCGAUGGUCUCUAAUGGUCUCUGGUGGUCUACGAUGGUCUACGAUGUAGCCUAAGGUCUCUGAUGGUCUACGAUGUAGCCAUGAAGCCUCUGAUGAGUGAAGCAGCAGCAUCAUUGUGUUUCUGUCUGUUUACAGAUUGUUGAAGAUCACGAACCGAUCCAGCUGUCCUCCUGAGCAGAGCAGCAAUCCUCUGGCCAAACAUAUAUAGGAACCUGCCGUCCUGUUAAACAUACCGUCUGACUUCUCCUGGUUGAUGGUCUUGCACACCAGGGCGUGUUCACUGGUAUAGCAAGCAGGCUGAAAUGGGGAGAGAAUAAUCUUGACUUAUCCAAUAAGAAACGUUUUUCUUUCAUUGCAAAAUGUUUUCUGUGCGCUAAUGAAUACACACCUAGUCUCUCGUUACAAAGAAACAUGAACCGCGAGAUCAUACAAGAUUUGGUUCUGGGUUGUCAAGAUUACACACACCAGACACUUCCUCCUGUGACCAGACACUUCCUCCUGUGACCUGACACUUCCUCCUGUGACCAGACACUUCCUCCUGUGACCUGACACUUCCUCCUGUGACCAGACACUUCCUCCUAUCACCAGACACUUCCUCCUAUCACCAGACACUUCCUCCUGUGACCAGACACUUCCUCAUGUGACCAGACACUUCCUCCUGUGACCAGACACUUCCUCCUGUGACCAGACACUUCCUCCUGUGCCCAGACACUUCCUCCUGUGCCCAGACACCCCAGUCACUUCCUCCUGUGACCAGACACUUCCUCCUGUGACCAGACACUUCCUCAUCCCAGACACUUCCUCCUGUUCCCAGACACUUCCUCCUGUUCCCAGACACUUCCUCCUGUGACCAGACACUUCCUCCUGUGACCAGACACUUCCUCCUGUGACCAGACACUUCCUCCUGUGACCAGACACUUCCUCCUGUGCCCAGACACUUCCUCCUGUGCCCAGACACUUCCUCCUGUGCCCAGACACUUCCUCCUGUGCCCAGACACUUCCUCCUGUGCCCAGACACUUCCUCCUGUGCCCAGACACUUCCUCCUGUGCCCAGACACUUCCUCCUGUUCCCAGACACUUCCUCCUGUGACCAGACACUUCCUCCUGUGACCAGACACUUCCUCCUGUGACCAGACACUUCCUCCUGUGACCAGACACUUCCUCCUGUGACCAGACACUUCCUCCUGUGACCAGACACUUCCUCCUGUUCCCAGACACUUCCUCCUGUUCCCAGACACUUCCUCCUGUUCCCAGACACUUCCUCCUGUUCCCAGACACUUCCCCCUGUGACCAGACACUUCCCCCUGUGACCAGACACUUCCCCCUGUGACCAGACACUUCCUCCUGUGACCAGACACUUCCUCCUGUGACCAGACACUUCCUCCUGUGACCAGACACUUCCUCCUGUUCCCAGACACUUCCCCCUGUUCCCAGCACUUCCCCAGACACUUCCUCCUGUUCCCAGACACUUCCUCCUGUUCCCAAACACUUCCUCCUGUGCCAAAUAGUCUGGGCAUGAGGUUGGAGUUUAACUGGUGGAAUCCAUAGCCGUGUCCCAAAUUAGUUUUUUAUUUUAUUAUUUAACCUUUUUAUUUAACGAGGCAAGUCAGUUAAGAACACAUUCUUAUUUACAAUGACGGCCUACCGGGGCCAAACCCGGAAGUGUGCGCCGCCCAAUGGGACUCCUAAUCACAGUCCCUGGAUUCGAACCAGGGACUGUAGUGAUGCCUCUUGCACUGAGAUGCAGCGCCUUAGACCGCAGCGCCACUCGGGAGCAAAUGGCACCCUAUUCCCUCUAUAGUGCACUACUUUUGUUUUUUUUAAAUAGAGCACAAUAUAGGGAUUAGGGUCCCAUUUGGGAUGCAUGCUAUGUAGUGCCAACUAGUGUUGGGCUCCCUCCCUUCCCCACUUACUUAUGUAACACAGUGUGGGUGUUGACAUCUCUGAGUAGUGGGCAAAGUUAGUGCACUAUAUAGGGAAUAGGGCUCUGGUCAAAAGUAGUGCACUAUAUAGGGUUCAUGGUUCCAUAGGGCCCUGGUCUAAAGUAGUGCACUAUAUAGGGAACAGGGUUCCAUAGGGCUCUGGUCUAAAGUAGUGCACUAUAUAGGGAACAGGGUUCUAUUUGGGAUGCGGUGUUACACAUUUGGAUGCUCUGUAUAAUGUUGUAAUGUGGUUACCAUGGUGAAACUGUACUUCCUCCCUCAUUGGUUGUUCAUGACCCUUCAGCAGGAAGGAACUAUUCUCAUGUGUUUUAUGUUUAUGUUCUAAAUCCAGUUGGAAUAAAGAAUUAAAAUACUUGUUUCA